AUGGCACAAUUUCCUGAGAUUGACGAGACCAAGUGUCUCCAGUUUCUCUCCAAGCUCGUCCAGAUCAAGAGCUACUCGCAGACCGAUGGAGAGAUCGAGGCAUCAAAUUUCAUGGUCGAGCGCAUGAAAGAGAUCGGUCUCGAUGCCGCUGUAUAUCCUUUCGACAACGGCAAGCGCCAGAACGCAGUCGGUGUCUGGAGAGGCAGAGGACAGGGCGAGGCCUCUGCUCAACCAGCCAAGACACUGCUUUUCAAUGGCCAUUUGGACACGAACCCAGUCUCUGAGGGUUGGACGGUCGACCCGUGGGAGGGCAAGAUCGACGAGAACUUUAUUUACGGCAUCGGUGUUAGCAACAUGAAGUCAGGCUGUGCGGCCUACUACUGCGCUGUCGAAACCCUCAAGGCCUGGGGCUGGCAGCCACGCGCGGAUGUAACAUUGACAUAUGUCGUGGGCGAGCUGCAAGGGGGCGUGGGCACAAUGGCUCUCAUCGAGCAGGGUCGGAUUAAGGCGGACUACUUCAUCAACUGCGAGCCAUCUGAUAUCCGGGCCAUCACCAUGCACGCCGAGGCGUUGACUUUCGAGAUCAACCUCAUCGGUGUCACACGUCACAUGUCAGCCAAGGAGGAGGCGGCCGAUUCCAUCAUGGCUGCAUGCGAACUGAUUCCAAAGCUCAACGCCUUGACGUUUCGAGGAGCAAAGAGUCCGGAGCACAAGAAGUGCAACAGAUGUCUAGUUGGCAUCGCUCACGGAGCGCUCGGCAAAGAGCUCGCCGAGUGGAGGCCUGCCCAGGUUUCCGACUUCUGCAAACUCGCCGGAAGUGCGAGAUAUGGUCCCGGACAGACGCAGGAGGAUGUGAUGGCUACCAUGAGGGAGACCAUCGAGGCAGUGAUCAAAAAGUUCCCGGGCAUGACCUUUGAACUCAACCAACGCUUUGAGCCGACGAUGCCUGCUUUUGAGACACCGCCAGACUCCGAGAUCGUGCAAUCACUCAACCGAGCCUACCAUCAAGUUCGUGGAGAAGAUCAACCAACGGGCGUUCUGGCACCCACGUGCUUCUACGGAUCAGACGCAGGCCAUUUGUAUAAGAGUCUGGGGAUGCAGGGUAUUGUGUGUGGGCCGGGGGGCAAGUACAACACGCGACCGGAUGAGAAGGUGGACAUCCCCGACUACCUUGACUGUAUCCGAAUGUUCAUGCGGGUUAUUAUUGAUUUGUGCGGAUAA